GGAAGCUCUGUGGCUCAACAUGACGGCGCCCAGCGGUCCCACCGAGCCGGCUCGGGUCCUCGGCUGGCCGCGUGAGUAGGUGUGGUUGAAUCUACAGAGGCAUGAGCUGGGUGCAGGUCAACUUGCUGGCCCGAGGCCUCUCUAGGGGCUGGGGAGGCAUCUGCAGGACUGCCCUCUCAGGAACUCCCUUUGCUCAGGUGGUCCUCCAGGCUCCACGAGGCCUCCACUGUAGUGUAGUUACACACAAGGAUGAAGUGUGGUUGGUUCCUCGUCCCCCUGACCCCCAAAAGAAGCCCAUCAAGGGUCCAGAAAUGCAUGAAGACCUGUUCAGGCCAUCAGGAAAUGGGGAGCAGGACAAGGCAAGCUUCCUGAAUGCAGUGCGCAGCUUUGGGGCACACAACGUACGCAAGCGUGGCCACGUGGACUUCAUCUACCUAGCAUUGCGCAAGAUGCCAGAGUUUGGUGUGGAACGGGAUUUGUCAGUAUACAACCUGCUGCUGGAUGUUUUCCCCAAGGAGGUCUUCCGGCCCCGUAACGUUAUCCAGCGCAUCUUUGUCCACUACCCACGGCAGCAGGAAUGUGGGAUCGCCGUCCUGGAGCAGAUGGAACGACACGGAGUCAUGCCCAACACAGAGACAGAGUUCUUGCUGAUUCAGAUAUUUGGGCGCAAAAGUUACCCCAUGCUCAAGUUCUUGCGGAUGAAGCUGUGGUUCACCCGCUUCAAGAAUAUCAACCCCUACCCAGUGCCCCGAGAUCUUCCCCAGGACCCUUUGGACCUGGCCAAGCUAGGCCUGCGACACAUGGAGCCUGAUCUCAGUGCUAAAGUCACUGUCUACCAGAUGUCUUUGCCCAGUGACUCAACAGGCAUGGAAGAUCCCACACAGCCUUACAUUGUAGGAAUCCAGAGUCCAGAUCAGCAAGCUGCCCUGGCCCGCCACAACCCAUCCAGGCCUGUCUUUGUUGAGGGCCCCUAUCCUCUCUGGCUUCGUAAUAAGUGCAUCUAUUAUCACAUCCUAAGAGCUGACCUGCCGCCUCCUGAGGAAGAGACAAUAGAGGAAAUCCCAGAAGAGUGGAACCUGUACUACCCAGUGAAGCUGGACCUGGAAUACUCAAGGAGUGCUUGGGACAACUAUGAGUUUGACGUGGAUGAAGUGACAGAAGGCCCUGUCUUCGCUAUGUGCAUGGCUGGUGCCCAAGAUCAGGCAACAUUGGUCAAGUGGAUUCAAGGCUUGCAGGAGACCAACCCAGCCCUGGCACAGAUCCCAGUGGUGUUCCGCCUGGCCAGGUCCUCGGGGGAGCUCCUGACAACCUCAAGGCUGGAGGGACAGUCCCCUCACCACAGUCCUCCCAAGGGUCCAGAGGAAGAUGACGAGGCCAUUCAGGCACGGCAGCAGCAGGGUCAAAGUUGAGUCAGAGCUGGCAUGAAGAGAAAAGACUGGACUGGUAUGAAAUAAUAUGGAGAAAAUAAAAAAAUCAAAACCUC